AUGUCCGUAAGCUUUUGCGCUCGAGAUGAGACGGGGAUGGCUGCGUCGCGUGAUGAUGAUAACGAUUCGGUCAAGACCCCGAAGGUCGACGCCCCACAUAGACUAAGGCGAAAGAAGUCCUCUUUGGAGCUGUGGGCUGAGGUGAGAAACUUCGACAGGGAAAGCAACCAUUCCAUGGCGAGUUUUUGUUGUCGUUCAGGUGCACAACGAGGUGGAAACAAUCUUGGACAGAAGCAUGAGGCGGCUGGAAUGUAAGCGGGAGAGAUCGAUUCAAUUGUCAAAAUCAAGUCCUGUAACCCGCUAUAGACAUCGAGUGGAGCCGCCAAAGGAUAUUCUUGACGGUGUUGCGCCGACAUCAUCCGCUCCUCAGGUAGCAACAGGUCUGAGCGACGUGAAGACACGUCGCUUGUCUCCCCGUAUUGACGCGUGUCCCCAUUGACCGUGUUGUGUCCAUUGACGUGUGGCUCAGUUUGUUCAUUCACAACCCAGUCCUGACAGGUACGCAGAGACCUGUCACUUGUCUUUCUGCUCUUUCUGUUCUUUCUGUCCUUUCUGUUUCGUUCAAAUUACGUGUAACAGGAGGUUUGGAUUGAUGUGUUUCUGUGUAUGUAUGCAGCUGUGCAGAGGUGUUUAAUCGGCGGCGCAGUUCUCUUAGGGCUGCUGAUGGUGACGGCAGCCCUUUUUAACUAUGACACUAACGAGGUGGACAGUGAUUCUUAUGAAGAUGUAUCCAAUAAGCAUCCGGACGACUGCCUUCUCAAUUGUGGGGGCGAGCUGGGCGACUGGGAGAUCACUGCGAGGCGUAGGUGUCCUUACGGGGACGUAUACAGAUACAAGCCAUGUGGUUGCUGUCUUAUUGUGCAGAGCUAGCCGUGUUCUUUUGGGCUAUGAUCAUCGCGAAGCCUGUGAGAGCGAAAGAAAACUCUCACUCUGCCCAGUUUUGUGCAUCCACUAUGCCCUGCUUGUUAUCCUGUAGGUUCCAUUUUGUAUCUACUUGCUCUUCCGAAAAGACGUACCAGUGAUCGCCCCUGCUACUGUGAAGCGACGUCGUGACAGCACUUCCAGUCUUACAUCAUCAAUGGCCCACCCCCAAGCACCAGCGCCAAAUAGUCUCAGCAGCCUCUUUCAGCCAUUCUACGCCGCUUCUGAGCACACGCAUAGGGAAAACCUAAAGCACAUGAAGAGCUCUACAAUCAGGGGAAUAUCAAAGAUCGGGGCGACAGGGCGACAUUCGGGGAUCUUUCCGCUUGAGAUGGUGCGCACGACAACACAUUUCAGCGCUCCAUGUGGCCCUUUUCCUUGUUUGUCUCUGCAGAAACUGGAUCGGUUGGAGAAGUGGCACAGGAAGGAGCGGCUUGGCUUCUUGCUUGCCUUUCUGUGGUGGACCUGGUGCAUCUACUUUGCACUUACGUUCGUUCUCUCGCCGAGGCUCGCCGGUACCUUCAUUCGUGUGUAAAGCUGGUCGACAAUGCAGAUUUCUUGCUAUGCAUGCAGAUAUGGCCGAGUGGCCGAUUUAUCGGGACUUCGUCGUGACGGCCCUCAUCGACCUGAUCGGACACCUGCUCCUGCAGCCGCUGAUUAACUUUUUCAUCGUCACGUGUCUCAUCGGAAGUGUGACGAAAACCGGCCUGCUGGACGGCUUUGUUGCUGCCUUUCCACGUUAUCUGGACUUCACCUUCAGUGGGACCCGCUCGGUCCAGGAGCUGGCGGUGCAGCUGCACGUCAUUCGGGACGCAAACAUCGGCCGGCGUGCCGUAUUGGAUGCGGAGUGGGCGCAAGAUGAGGGCCUUAAGAUCGCCCUCACGGCCGUCAAGCUGCUCUGCCAUGGCCAUCCAAUUAUAGUUGAGGAGCGGCACAGCCCGGUGAACGACCUCCUUGAUAUCAGUGCUGAAUCCCAACGUGAUGAGAAUGCCCUGGAGUCAGCCAAAGAGGCACCGGAGGCAUAUAUCAGGUCGACGCGCAAAAGGGAAAUAUUGCGAUCACUUCCACCCUCUUAUCGCUCAUACGAUACAUAUGGUGACAAGCUGACUGACCGCGGUCUAACGUCUCUUCCCAACGAAGCGACGAAUGCCAAUUCGCAACCGGCAGCCGAUUGCGGCAGUGCUCCCCUACAGCCCCCCCUUCCUCGGCCCCGCCCCUUGGCAUACCCACCUCCCCGGCCAAUCCCUCUUACAGCCACUAUAACUUGGCCGCACCCCAUAGCACGCCCACAGCCAAUAAAGAGAGAAUCUGAUGGAGUCGCAUAUAUGGCAGAGGGUCGAGGAUGGGGAACGCACUCCCAGUACCCAGGUCAUCGAUCUAAUCCUGAAGCUCAAGUCUUGUCUGGACUUGAGCUUGGCAGCAACGAGAGCCCGCUGAGCAAAACGACAGCGGCUAUAGUAACGGAUCUCCGUAUGUCUCCCGUCUCCGCCCCUCUGCAGAGAGACCAAAAUGAAGGGAAGCUUGUGAUUCAGUUGUUUUGACACCCUUGUGUGCAACGUCACUUGAUUGGCGCCGCAAGUUUCAUGGCGGGGUGUGAUGGGUGUGCUGUGAUGCAUCGUAGAAUUGAUUCGAUAGCCGAGGGGUAGUUUUGAGUACUUCUGCUACCGUAGUUGAUUCGGCACAGGAAGGGCAUUGGUAGUCUCCGCUACAAAGGAAGCCUGCUGCUGUUUUUAUGUAGAGGUGAAUGACUAUGUAUGUCUUCACUGCACUCGCGAUAAAGCUCAUAACCUGCACAUUGCUUCAUGCACUGGCGCCAAUGCGCGAGCAGGCCCUGUCUCGAUCGACGAACUGACCGAAGCAUGGUUCUCUCUCUCUCUCUCUCUCUCUCUCUCGCGUGUGUGUGUGUGUGUGUGUGCCGGGUGGGUGGAGGGUGCCAUGGGGAAGAUAUGUGUAUGUGUAUGUGUAUGUGUGUGUGUGUGUGUGGCCUGGGGAGCGCGCCUUUCGACGGGGUGGACAUGGAUAAGGCAAGGAUAAGGGGUCGGGUGUGCCUGAGUCUGUCCAUGAGCCUGCGUGUGUUUUUUUGAAGGGACAAGCCUUCUUCUUCGUUGUUGAUGAGGCAUGCAUGCGACGUACAAUGCCUCACAAAGACAAGAUCCAUUUGCUCACUGACAUUUCGAUGUCGCGGCAGAGGCAGCCAUGAAAAUGUAUCA